CACGUUACGCAUUUCCAACGUUUUGCAGGAAGUAAACACGUCUUCUGUAUGCUACGUAGUUAGCAUACAGCUUUAGUUAGCAUACAGCUUUACAUGUUUACUUGGCAGCAACUGUACCAGUUGUCACUAGUUAGUUAUGUUAGAGCUGGUUAGUUAACUACCUGUCAACUUCCUGAGAUAAGUCACGUGGAAUGCUAACAGCAGCUCCGCUUCGUGAGCUCCUAGAAGUUAGUUUUGCUGCGGGGUCAGAAUGAAGACGAGUAGGUCCUAUAAGCUGGUGCUGCACAAGAAGGGCUUUGGUGGCAGCGAUGACGAGCUGGUUGUCAACCCUAAAGUCUUCCCUCAUGUCAGCUUGGGGGAUAUAAUAGAAAUCGCGCACCCAACAGAUGAAUACAGUCCUCUUCUGCUGCAAGUGAAGAGCCUAAAGGAGGAUCUUCAGAAAGAGACUAUCAGUGUGGAUCAGACUGUAGCUCAAGCUUUCAAGCUCCGCGCUUAUCAGGAUGUUAUAGUAAACAUUGUUGACCCUAAGGAUGUAACACUAGACCUGGUGGAGCUGACAUUUAAAGACCAGUACAUUGGCAGAGGAGACAUGUGGAGGCUGAAGAAGAGUUUGGUGAGCACAUGUGCAUAUGUAACCCAGAAGGUGGAGUUUGCAGGAAUCAGAGCUCAAGCCAGUGAACUAUGGGUGAAGGGAGAGAAAGUAACCUGUGGCUACAUUAGUGAAGACACAAGAGUGGUAUUUAGAUCAACAUCUGCAAUGGUGUACAUCUUCAUCCAGAUGAGCUGUGAAAUGUGGGAUUUUGAUAUUUAUGGUGAUCUGUACUUUGAAAAGGCUGUAAACGGUUUCCUGUCUGACCUCUUUGCCAAAUGGAAGGAGAAGAACUGCAGUCAUGAGGUGACAGUUGUGCUUUUUUCACGUACGUUCUACAAUGCAAAAACUUUAGAGGAGUUCCCAGAGAUCCUGCGAGGGUCCAUUAGACAGAAUCAUGAGGGACGUUUUUAUGAAGACUUCUACAGGGUCGUGGCUCAGAAUGAGAGACGGGACGAGUGGAUGUCGUUGCUGGUCACCAUCAAGAAACUCUUCAUCCAGUACCCAGUCCUGGUGCGGUUAAAGGAAGCAGAUGGGUUUCCUGUUGGUUUUAACUCUACUGCUGUCCAAGGAAACUAUCUGGAGGCCAUCAACCUGUCUUUUAAUGGUAAGUAGUAACCAACCAGUGUUGGGAGUAACGUGGUACAAAAGUAAUUAAUUACUGUAAUGCAUUGCUUUUUGCUGUAAUGUGGUAAUGUAAGGCAUUACAGGGAAAGAAAAUGGUAAUAUCUACUCUGUACAAUUGUCAGUAACACGGUAAUUACAA